GCCAUAUUUUCAGGGGGGUUUCUAAUACAGUUUCUUUUAUUUAGGAAAAAGGUUUUUUUUUUUAAGCAGUACUUAAUGAAAUAGUAAUACAAUGGAACAAUUAAAAAAUCUUUGAAAUGAGAAGUUGGAAUUGCAAAAUGCAUUAGGUCUGUUCCCUGUUAAUCUGCGCCCAUGCCGCUGGCUUCUUGUUCACCUUGAUCGCCAUUUGGUGUGUGAAUUCUUCGGGAGAAUGUCGAAGCCAACGCUGUACUACGCCCUUUUUAGUCCUCCUGCCAGGGCAUGCAUCCUGGUGGCCAAACUUAUUGGACUGGACCUGGAGCUCAAACCCGUUGACUUCGCCAAGAAGGAACACCUGAGCGAGGAAUUUGUCAAGCUAAACCCCCAGCACCAGAUCCCGGUGUUUGUGGACAGCGAUGGCGAGGUCUACGUGGACAGUCACGCCAUCGUGUGCUUCCUGGUAGCCAAGUACGCCGGGAAUGACCAACUCUAUCCGCGGGAUUUGAAAAGGAGAGCCCACAUCGACCAUCGCAUGCACUACGAGAACGGAGUGCUAUUUCAGGUGGUAAAGGACAUUGUGGCUCGGAACAUUUACGGUGGCGAGGGAGAAUACAACCCCCGAUCGCUGACCCUCUGCCACAAUGCGUACUCCGACUUGGAACACUUUCUGCAGCAAGGAAGUUUCGUGGUGGGCAACGAACUGAGCGUUGCCGACGUGUCCAUCCACACCACUCUGGUGACCUUGGAUCUGCUCAUACCAGUGGAACGGGAAAAGUACCCGCAGACUAAGCAAUGGAUGGAACGCAUGGAUAAGUUGUUGCCCGACAACGAGGAGAUCAACCUCAAGGGUGCACGGGCUCUGCAGACCCGCAUCCUGAGCUGCAUGGCCGAGAACAAAGCGAAGAGCCAGUAGAUUCCUUCUUAAUGAGGCUCUCAUGUUACACAUUCACAGCCAACGUUUUGUGUUCCCCAUGUACGCAAUUCACAUUUCAAAACAUUUAGACCGCUUGUCAAUACUCCAAUUUAUGUUAUGCAAUAAAUACAGAGCCACAUAAUUUAAUUGG